AUGGAAACCAGAAAUACUAUCCGAGUCAACUUUGUGAAAGUACCUUCCGAUCUGAAAGAAUUGGUAUCAAAGGUUCCUGGAAAUUCUCGUUUCAGCGAAAGACAUGGUCAUCUACUCGAUUUGGUUACCUCAGGUUUUGAAGAAGAAAUGAUGAGUGUGCUGUUUCAAUUUUUUGACCCCGAGCAUCAUUGCUUCACGUUCCCCGAUUAUCAGUUGGUGCCCACCAUGGAGGAAUUUUCUGAUAUGCUUCACAUCCCUAUUGGAAAUCAGCUACCGUUCACUGGUUUGGAGAAUAUUCCGAAGCCUGAAGUCAUUGCCGCUGCUUUACAUCUGAAGAAGUCCGAAAUUGAGGGUAAUUGGGAAACAAGGAGUGGAGUCAAGGGUUUCCUUGCUAAGUUCUUAAUUGAUAAGGCUCGAUUAUUCUCGGAUUCCAUGAGUUAUCAUGCUUUUGAAGACAUAUUGGCUUUUCUCAUCUAUGGUUUGGUGUUGUUUCCAAAUCCUGACCAAUUCAUAGACGUACACGCCAUCAAGAUAUUUUUGACUCGCAAUCCUGUGCCUACUUUGCUUGGAGAUAUUCUACACUCACUUCACACUUGUACGAUGAAGAAGCGAGGAACUCUCAUGUGUUGUAUACCUCUGUUGUCUAGGUGGUUUAUUUCGCACCUUCCUCGAUCGGUAAUGAGGAAUGACCAAGGCCAGAAGUGGCAUCGGAGAAUAAUGUCGCUUUCUCAUUCCGAUAUACGUUGGUGUUCUCUGUCCAAGGAAAAUGUUAUUAUCAUCGACCGUUGUGGACAAUACCCUAAUGUGCCACUCCUUGAUGAUCCUCAAAGUCACCGUCAAAAGUUUAUACGUGCUUGGGACAUGGUGAAUAGGAUUGACAGCAAAAGUUUGGGGCCAAAGAACUCCAUUCCUUUAGAGGCUUACCUCAGAUGUGUGUGCACCCGUGCUCAACGUUUUGUCAUGCCAUAUCCACAUGUCAAACCUGUGAUUGUGGAGCCCGAAUACGAAGAAGAUGUUCCUCAGGUUAUUUUUCAUCCAGACAUGCCUACCGAUCUUGAGGAGCUGAAGAGAUCUUGGAUCCAGUUGAAGGAAGAAAGGGACAUAUUUGAAGCUCAAUUUCGCGCUAAAGAGAAGAAAGUAUUAGAACUCACAAAGCAACUUCAGGACGAGUAG